AUGGACCGUCCAUCUUUGCCCCCCCCUCAUUCCUCUUUGAAGUCCUUGAGGGAGGAGGUGCGCUUCUCGGACAAGUGUGGCAACAAGGACGAGCCCCUGCGGGAGGCCGGUGGGCGCCAUGUCGGGAGCCACCCCCGCCUGCGCAGCACGCGGCGCAGCGUGGACCGGUAUCAGUCCGAGGACUUUCGGGCGGCCACGCCCUUCUGGCGGCGACUGCAGAACAAGCCGGCCCAGGCCUGCAGCAGCUCGGACAGCGACUUUAGGUACUCGGUCCGCGUUCGCGCGGGGGUGGAGCGCUAUGAAGCGGUGGCGACACCCAGCACCGGUCCCGGUCAGGCCACCGGAGCCCGGGACCCCGGCGCCCAGAGCCCUGUAGUGAGGGCGUCCUCUCCCCAAGGAGACGGUGGAGCUGAGCCUGUUGAACAGUCAGGGGAGCCCGAGAGGCGGACCUACCCCUUCCGCGACAGGACCCUGGUCACCAUCAACCGCACCGCCGAGGAUCAGCAGGUGGACCCCUCGGUGAGCUUUGACAGCGUGGGCGGCCUUGACGGGUACCUCCGCCUGCUCAAGGAGAUGGUGUUCCUGCCGCUGGUGUACCCCGACCUCUUCCAGCGCUUCCACAUAGCGCCGCCGCGGGGCGUGCUCUUCCACGGCCCACCCGGCACGGGCAAGACGCUCGUGGCCCGGGCCCUGGCCUCCCACGCCGCGGCGAGCAGCGGGCGGCGCGUCGCCUUCUUCAUGCGCAAGGGCGCCGACAUCCUGAGCAAGUGGGUGGGCGAGGCGGAGCGCCAGCUCCGUGCGCUGUUUGACGAGGCGCGCCGCCACCAGCCCUCCAUCAUCUUCUUCGACGAGAUCGAUGGCCUGGCGCCGGUGCGCAGCAGCAAGCAGGACCAGAUCCACAACAGCAUCGUGAGCACGCUGCUGGCGCUCAUGGACGGCCUUGACGCGCGCGGCCAGGUGGUCGUCAUCGGGGCCACAAAUCGCGUGGAUGCGGUGGACGGCGCCCUGCGCAGGCCCGGCAGGUUUGACAGGGAGCUCCUGUUCCCGCUGCCCGCGCUGGAGGCGCGGGCCGAGAUCCUGGGCAUCCACACGCGGCGGUGGGCGGAGCCGCCGCCCGCCGCCCUGCUGGCCGAGCUGGCCGCCGAGACGGUGGGGUACGGCGGCGCGGACCUCAAGGCACUGUGCACGGAGGCCAGCCUGGCCGCGCUGCGGCGGCGGUACCCGCAGGUCUACGACACACAGGACCGCCUGGUGCUGGACCUGCAGGCGGUGCGUGUGGAGCGCGCGGACUUCCAGGCCGCGCUGCGUGGGCUUACGCCCGCCUCGCACCGUGCAGCCGUGGAGGCCGUGGCCAGGCCGCUGCCGGCGCACCUGGCGCCGCUGCUGCGGGUCCAACUGGAUGCGGCGCGGGCCUCCGUUGCGGCGCUGUUCCCGCCCUUCGUGCGUCGCGCGCCCGGCGCCGGCCCCUCCGGCGCCGACCCUCCAGGCGCCGGCCCCCCCUCGGCCCCCCCUCUGCCCAUGCCGCGCCCGCGCGUGCUGCUGUGCGGCGCGCCGCGGUGCGGGCAGGGUGUGCUGGCCCGCGCGCUGCUGCACGGCGCGGAAGGCCUCGCGCUCUGCGCGCUGGGCCUGCCGGCGCUGCUAGCCGACCCAGGCGCGCGCGGGGUGGAGGAGGCGCUGGUGCGUGGUCUGGCGGAGGCGCGCCGCGGCGCACCCGCCGUGCUGCACCUGCCCCACGCCGACGCGUGGUGGGCUUGCGCCGGCGGGCUGGCGCGCGCCGCGCUGACCCACCUGCUGGACGACCUGGGCGGGGAGGAGGCGGUGCUGCUGCUGGCCAGCGCGGAGGCCGGGUGGGAGGACCUGGACCCGGGCCUGGCGGAGCUGUAUGAGACGGACCAGGCGACGCUGCGCGGCCUGCGCAUGGUCCUACGCGACGUCACCACGCGCGCACUGUCCAGCCGCCGCUGGCAGGCCUUCGCCGAGCCGGUGACGGCCGAGGAGGACCCGGACUACGCCGCGCGCGUGCCGCGGCCCAUGGACCUGUCCACGCUCCUGGCGCGCGUGGACGCAGGGCGCGGCCGCAGGAUUGAUGUGGAGGUUAAGGAGGACGAGGGGCCCGAGGGAAGGGCGCCCACCUCCCGGCGCAGCACCCGCCUCACCACCACCCCAGGGACGGGGGAUGCGUCGCUGGAGGCAAUACAUCAAGACCCAGAGGCGGCACGGCGAGCCAUCCGGCAGCGCCUGCGUCAGGAGGAGGCGGAUCGGAGGGCUGGGGCAGACGUCCUGGGCAAGCAGGGGGGCGCAGCGUCACCCAUGCAGCCGCUGGAAACUCCUGGCCCCGCCCAGCCUCCAGGGGCAGAGGGUACGGACGCAGCGCCACCCCAAGAUCUGGUCCAGCAAUGCGACGACGCGGCAUACGACCCGCCAGUCUCCCCUCGCCGAGCGGCGGUGGCGGAGAAGGCCACUGCGCGCCUUGCCAAGCUUGCCAGGGGUGCUCCGCUCCAGAGCCUGGAGGAGGCGCUUGCGAUUGGUUGGCAGAUCCUCCCCAGGAUCCAGACCCUCCCUCUGGAGAAGAGGACGAGGGCCAUGCUGCGUGCCCUCCGGCCCGCUCUGCAUGGUGAGGACUAG